CCUAGUCGCUUGCGCUGCAGCAGGUCGCGAGGCGACGAGGAGGAGUGAGAUACAGCAGCGUCGAAGCCAAGCAGAGGGGCGAGUGCUUGUAGCCCCUUUCGGCAUCGCCACUCAAUGGGGAAGCGGCCCAAGCCUGACCACCACCAUCCUCAUCAACUUGCCGUUGAUGUUGAUGCCCCUUCUUCUUCUACUCCUUCUCUCAAGCCCGCCCCCCUCCUGCCGUCUCGAGAAUUAUCAGUAGCUCAAGCGCACCCGAACCCCAGUGAGAUCGCUAUGGCGCCCGGCCCCUGGGUGCCUCAUUCUAUCAGCGUUGGAGUUGUAGGGCGGAUGGGCGGGGACGAUGAAACCGACGUCGCUGGUGGGAGCGUUGCCAAAGCUGCCAACCAGAGCCUCAAUCCCGUGGGUAUGCAGAUUUACUGGAACCUGUCGUCGUUGAACAUGGCGGUGCGUGAGGCUGCGGCCCUGGCGCUCGUGGAUGAAUUGCGAGCCAAGCAGGAGGAGUUCGAAGCUGGCGGGGGACAAGGUGGCGUCAGCGAGGUGCUUGGGGCGAAGGAGAAUGAUGAUUUGUUGGAAGGUUGUGCUCCUGGCGUGCAAUAUGCAUUGCGGCGGCUUGUGCGCGGUCUUGGUUCUUCUCGUGAGUGUGCGAGGCAAGGAUUUGCGACCGCGUUGACAGCUGUAAUCACUGCUCUUCCUGUUCUUCGAGGAAAAGCCCUGCUUCAGACUAUUCCCUCGAAUUUGGAGGUCACAUCUUCAAUGAAGAAGCAGGAUGCAAGAGACGGGCUCUUAGGACGUUUGUUCGCUUACGGAUCUUUAAUCCGGGCAAAGAGGCUUAUUGGGAAUGGCUCUAGUCCAGAAGAGAAGGAAUUGAUAACAGAAAUUGUCCAGCAACUAUUUGGCCUUGCUAAACAAAAAACAUUUCUUCGGGAGCCAGCUGUGAACCUAGUUUUUGACCUUGCAAGCAGGUUGCCUUCAAGUGCUGUCAGUGAGACGGUGUGCGCAGCUCCUGUUUUUGACGAAUGGUUGCGUAGGGACUUGGAAAGUCAAAGUGCGGACGCCUUGGUCUUAGUUUUGCAGUUGUAUGAUAAGCUACCAUCACAGAGCUCUCCUUUGCUACCCGAGUCUGGGAAUUUACAAGAUUUUUUUGAGGCUUCUCACUUGGCAAAACUUGUUCCUUGCUUGAAGGAGUCUUCCAGCAGUCAUCCUCGUGUACAUUCAGUAUGGAACCUCUUAUUAGACCGCCUCUUCUCUCUUUAUAGCGUUCAAGAGUCAUCGAAGAAAAAACGUGCUAAAUCUAGCAGUUCCAAGGAUAUAAAAGACGCAAAGAAAGUGGAAGAGGCAUUAGGGAAUCUCUGGAGUGUGGUUGUCGAUGGAGCGCUGUUGCCUUCUUCUCAUGAAAGAAAAAAUCUUGCAAUGGAGCUUCUCCUUUUAGUGCUCCCCAGAUUGCCGAACCCUGAAACUGUUGGUGUUGUCUUGUCCAACAUAUUUGUUCGAUGUAUUCUAGACAUUCUGUCUUCUAAAGAUACCCACCUUUUCAAAAGUGCCCAGAGGUGCUUGGGUGAGGUACGGCUGUGGGCUGAGAGUAGCAACUCCCGACGAGUUGCUGUUAUUGGGGCACUACAGAAAAAUAGUUAUGGGAAGUUUGAUACAUUAUCAAAAUCAUCUACUGUCAAAACUCUUACAAACGGAUUGAUUACUGAAGAAGGUGUGCUGGCUUUUGUUCACAAUCUUCAAGAGUUAUUCGUAGCCACAGAGUCUACUUUCGUGAAGGCGACUGAAAUUACUGAAGAUCCUGCCGAGUUGUCAGAAGAUGCUCUGAUGAAUGGUCACGAUAGUCCUGGAGCUAACGAUAGGAUAUGGAUCAUUGAGCAGAUGUGCGCUCUCUGUCGGCAGGUCAAGUUGGAGCCUAAAGCACAGGAAACACUAUACAGAGAAGUGAUAAAAUUCCUUGUUACACAUUCUCUAUUUCAGGCAAGCAAUGAACAAAACGGCGGAGGCGUCGAGAAGAAAAGCUACCGGUGGCCUCAGAUGCCCCUAACCCCGAACAUCCGAAAGUUAUGUGUGGAGCGCUUGCAUAGUAUCCUAGUUGAUGCUGAACAUUGGAUGUCUUCUCAAAAGUCAAGAAGUAAUAAGUCCAGUGCAGGUGGAUCAACCGAUACAGCGAAAGAAGAUGAAGUUUCUGCCGUAUCUGCUGCAUCAUAUUGUUUGAGCCUUCAUGAGUCUCCGGCUGCCGUUCUUGUGCAGCCAUUGAAGGAGGAAUCUGCAGAGUCUAUUAAGAUCCUUCAUCAGACCGUGUCUACGAUAUCCUCAGCAGUUAAAUCCGAUACAACUGGCAAGUUGAGGCGGUUAUUGGCAAUGAGGGGUCUUCUUUCAAAUUUGCUACUCGAGUCUUUCCUGGAACCAGGCUCCACCGAUGAUAUUGCAGCUGAGCUUGUCAUCUGCUGUAGCAGAGCCUUUCCCGACUUGCCAGAGCUGGCGAAAAUUGCACCUCCAGUUGAGGAGGAAGAAGACAAUGAAGAAGUACCUCCAGUGAUGGAUGUACUUCUUGAUGUUUUAUUGUCGUUGCUAGCAAAAUCGUCAACUCCGAUUCGCAAUGCAGUGGAGCAGGUGUUCAAAGUGUAUUGCGACGACCUCACCAGUGCAGGAAUGGCAGAUAUUCUGCGAAUCAUAAAUAAGGGCUCUAGGUCAGGACGCCAUAAGUCCAUAUUAGACGAUGAUGAGGAGGAUUCUGAUGAUGACGACGACGAUAUCCUAGAGGACGAGGAGGACGACGAAGCGGAUGGCAAUAUAGGGAAAGUGGAAGGAAGUCAGGAAGCAAAAGAGGAGGAAGAAGAUGACGACGAAGAUGACGAAGAUGACGAAGAUGACGAAGAUGAAGAUGAUGAAGAAGAGGAGGAUGUGGAAAUGGGCGACGGCGAUGCUCAAACGAGGACUCUUCAGCAACAAAUGAGAUUCAAAAGACCUGGUGAGGACUUGGAUGAUGAGGCAGAGAGUUCUGAUUCUGACAUCUCGGAUAUGGACGACGAAGCUAUGUUUAGGGCAGAUGUCCUGCUGGCGAAUGUGUUGAAGCACAGAAAAGAAGCAAAUAAGAACACUGCUCAAACCCAGUUAACUCACUUCAAGUUUAGAGUCCUAUCUUUGCUGGAACAUUUUCUCCAAAAGCAUCCCAGCAGUUCCCUAUGUUUGCUCGCAGCAGAAAAUCUUCUGAAGGCAUUUGUGGUUGCUAUGAAUCAAUUGGGUACAGCACCUGAGGAAAACGAGGUACUUGUCAAGCGGUUAGAAAGUAUGUUGAAUAGCAAGGUGUUGCAUACAAAGAAAUAUCCCAAGGGGAAGGAUGUCGACUUGCCACUUGCUAGGUCAUUAUUGAAGAAAGCCUUGAAAUUAUCGUCAAGGUCAUCAAUCAAGAGGGUUCGAGUACUAGCGCAGACUUGCACUUUGUGGACAUUUAAGGUCCUGCUAGGAAAUCUUCCAGAUGUAGAAGAAAAGUGCGACUCAGAGACGUUGGAUCUUCUUUUCUCUGCUUUGGACGACUACUUCACCCAUAAGAAGUCACGUCUCGCUGGAUCCUUUUUUACCGAGCUGUUCCGACGAUACCCAGUUCUUGGUAGGUGUUCUAUCGGCAAGCUAAUGGAGAAGUGUGGAAAUGGCCGGACAGAGUUUAUGAAGUGUGAGGCUAUGCGUCUUCUCACUGAGAUUCUGAAACCAGUCACGUCUGGUAAAGGAAAAAAGACAAUCAAUGGGGGUGAUGAACACAAGCUACUUGUGAAAGCGUUUGAGGAGCACAUGGGACCACGUGGUUCAUCUAUUUUAUCAACUGUUCAAAAUCCUCCGGAGAGGGCUGCGUACAAAUUCAUCGCUCUUCAAUUCUGUAGUAGUUGCAUUGACGCUUUUAGAAUGCUCUACCCACAGAAAGGACUUCACGCAGUUUUGGAUACUGAAGCUCUCUUGGCGGGUCUUAAAGCCGUAGAUACUCCUACCAAAGGAAAACUACAGAACUUAAUUACCAAGCUUGUGAAAGUAGUCGCAGAAGAUCUAGCCAAGAAUCCAGGCAGAAGUGGAUCAGCAAAAGGAGACGGAAACAAGACUUCUUCGAAAAAGAAAUUGAAGGCAGUAGAGGUGCCUAUGGAGGUUGAGAAUGUAGUGACUCCUUCGAAGAACAAGGGUAAGAAUUUGAAGGAAGAUAGGAUGCCUUCCAAGAGGAAGAACGCUAGGGACAGCCAAGUACAAAUGGAAGUUCAGGUAGAGGAGACUCCUUCCAAGAAGAAAAGUAAGAGUCCUAGUUCUAAGAAAGUGAAGGUCUCCAAAGAAAGCUGAUACUUCAGGUUUAGUUUUUCCUGCACUGCAAGCCUGCCAGGGUUCCAAUUUUGCUCUUCUCAAUGGGGUUUAUUUACUUACUUUUGUAACAAUGAGACAAAUACCUUGCUUCUCUGUUCGUAUCUUUUGAUGCCUAA